UUAAAAAAUUCAUCAUCAGCCCUAGAAGCGAUCCAAGUGUCUCCUGACCUCUGACUCAAGACAACAGUCUCUUGAUAUUUUCUCCACUAUAAACUUUCUAUGACAAAACUGAUAAGUAAAAUCAAAGAUGCAAAAAUCAAGCAAUCCACCCACCACAACAACAAAGGAGAUGAGAGAUUUCUGUCUAAGAACAGCAAGAAGAAACAGAAAGGGAACGAAAGCACAAAACUUACAGAGAUGCGGAUCAGACGAUCACGUUGAUUGUAUCGAACCCUUAUCCAAUCGAUGGAAACGGGGCUUUCGCAGCCAAACACCCAAUUCACUUCUCUUCCGCGUCUUCACUUUUCCACUUCCAAUAAACGAAGCUAUUCAUUGAGGAAUUUGUUCAAGCAGAUGGUGGGCAGAAGGCAAGAAAACGGAGAAAAACAACAAAAGGAAACAGAAAGAAGAAGGAAAAGUAUAUAGAGGGGAAAGAAAUCAAAAGGAGCGUUUCAGUAAGCAGAGAAGGAAAAGAAAAAGGAGAAAAAACUGCCGGCUAAAUCUCACAGCAAAUGGAAACCACGUCACACAAACCGCCAAAAAGACCCUCCCCUCCUCUCCCUCUCCCUCUCUCUUCCUCCGUCCCUGUCUCUCUGCAAAUUCUAGAAUGAUACCAGAGCCACGAAAAAGGAAGGAAUUUUUUUUUUUCACCAACAGAAAAAUCUUUUCCCCGGUUGAGGCAUAUCCUCGAACAGAUGGUGUGCGAUUAAUGAUUUGACUUGGAUCCUCCCCCAAGAUUAGAGCUUUUGAUUACCAUGCGACAAAUUGGUGGCCGAGGAUCAACGAUUCCAGCUGAAUGCGACCUGGGUUGUCGGGGGGAAAAACGGGAAAAUCUCCUCCACCAACAAAGCAAACAACAACAAACAAGCCCUCCACCUCCAGUUUCUUCUAUGGCUGUCCCUUUCCGGCGGACUAGAAAGAAACAGAAAGAAGGAAGGGAACUGAAUUCAAUGCUUACGAGGACAAAUGCUGUCUCUUCUCUCACGUUCAUGUUCCUCCCUUCUGCCUACUGCUUCAUCCCGGAACGGUAAUGUAUCGGGUUGAGGCGAGUUUUGUCAAACCAAAUUCAAACCCAUAAGUUUAUCCGCCAAAAAAACCUAACUCAAUCUGCUCGAUGUCCGCGGACCGUGGAUUCAUGAGUACCCGUGGAUUUUUGUGGUAAAAAAUUUACAAUAACAAGUUUCUUUCAAAAUAAAAGUUUAACAUCAAUUUUCUCAUACAAAUUAUUCAUACAAAAAUACAAACUAGAACAUACAAGCAAACCGCAAAUGAUCAAUACAAAUUGUUCAAAAUUAAAGAUAAACGUCUAUAAACAACAAGAUUAAUUGAAAACUUCUUCCUCUUUGUCAACUAAGUUUUUUCACUCUCCACUCCAUAAUAUCAACUUCAUUCUAAACAAUUAGAAAGAACAAAUUAUACAUGUCUCCACAAACAUAAAGAAUAUUAGUUGUUUAAGAAAGAUAUAUUGUUUAGAAUAUUAAAUAUACCGGGAAACUAAUUAUAUGUGUGUGGACGUGUAACCAUUGGACGGGUUUACCUAAAUCCAAACCCAACCCAACCCGGUGAAUAGUGCAACAGGUUUAAACCCAAACCCGGCCCAGAACCCGUCAACACAGAUUUUACCCGCGUUGACCGAGUUGGGUCGGGUGGGUACCGUGGGUUCGGGUUUUGUUGCCAUUCCUAGCUCCAUCUCCUCCUCUCUUGUAAAAUUUUGGAAUGCUUAGCUAUUGUUUGCUUGUGGGAUUUGCGUGAUAUGUUUAGUAUCCAAUUACAAAACGUUAUGUAUUUGAUAAAUAAAAUACUGUUUGUUGAGGUAUGCAUAUUUGUGGGGCUUAUGAAUUUAGACAUUUUUUUAGCUCAAAAUUCAUGGAUCCCACGUAUUAUGUGAAUCAGUGGCGGAUUCAAAAAAAUUUCAUAGGGGUGUCCUCUUCAAAAAUUUAAUUUAAUUAUAGAAUAAAUUAAAUAAUUCGUA